UUCGGUAUCAGUCAUACAAGUUGUUUACUAGUAUGUCAUUAUUUUGAAAGUUCAUUCGGUGGAGUAUCAUGAGUAAAUCACCUCAGAAAAAAACCUGGAAAGGAAAAGGUCGAGGUAGAGGAGGGUAUUUUAAGGGGAGACCUUUUAUUUUUGAAAAGAAGAAGUUAGAUCCUUCGGUUUUUAAUGAGUCCAACUCAAGUGCUGCUUCAACCCAAAUAUUUUAUGAUAGAAUACCUUAUAAAGGAUGGCGGUAUUAUUUUCCCGAGGAAGCUUAUGACUCCAAUUCUGAUAUAGUAUUGCAUACUCAAGCAGCUGAAUAUUUUUUUGACAAAAAUAAAACAUCAAUUAAUCUGAAAGAACUGGAAAAUAAGAGAUUUUUUAAUUUAGAUAUUAAAGUGUUGCUUGAUGAUUCAGAAUUUCUUUCUAGAUGGUGCACAUUCAAAGACGAUUUAGUAGAAAAUGCAGAAAAAAGUAUAUCUUGCAUGAGUUUGGCUUUGCAUCAGACGGUUACAUCUAUUUUGAAAAGUGAAGAUGAGGCUGAAUUUCCAUCUGUGAAAGUGAGAUUCAUAAAUUUUGAGUCUAUUACACCUAUUAAAGAUAUCAAAGCUGGUUUAUAUGGUAAACUGAUUAGUGUCAGAGGAACAGUUAUAAGAGUUAGUGGUAAUAAACUUAUUUGUGUUUCAAUGGGGUUUGGUUGCAACACGUGCUAUACCACAAUGUCCAUUCCUCUCAAGGAUGGAGUCUAUAAAAUGCCUUCUGGCUGCAAAGCUGAUAACUGCAGAUCCAAAAGUUUCACCCCACUUUGCUCAUCAAACCUAUCACGGACAAAGAGUUAUCAGAUCAUGAAAGUCCAAGAAAGUGUUGCAGAUGAACAGAGCGAAGGUGGCAGAGUUCCUCGUACAAUUGAAGUUGACCUAACUGAUGAUUUAGUUGAUUCUUGUGGUCCAGGAGACAAUGUGACAAUUGUUGGAAUUGUUAAAAUAAGAAACAGCGAAGAAAAUAGAAAAUCAAAAUCUGCUAAUCUAUUUACUCUUUACGUUGAUGCUGUUUCUGUUGUAAAUAGCAAAUCAGGAGUUAACUCUGGAAGGCAAAGUCUCUGUAGUGUUGAAUUCUCAAUAAAAGAUUAUUAUGCAAUACAGGAAAUUCAUGCUGAAGAAGCACGGUUCCGUUUACUGGUCAAUUCACUUUGUCCAACUGUCUAUGGUCAUGAAAUGGUUAAAGCUGGUCUUUUGUUAGCUUUGGUUGGUGGUUCCUCGGCAAACAGACGAGCAGAUGCUCAUGUUCUUGUUGUUGGUGAUCCAGGAUUGGGAAAAUCACACUUACUUCAUGCUUGUGCUCAAGUUUCUCCAAGGGGAGUUUAUGUUUGUGGCAAUACAACUUCCUCUUCUGGUCUUACGGUAACGUUAGUUAAGGAAGCAGGUGGAGAUUUCGCCCUUGAAGCUGGAGCAUUGGUUCUUGCUAACCACGGCUGCUGUUGUAUUGAUGAAUUCGAUAAAAUGACCAAUCAACAUCAGGCCCUUCUUGAAGCUAUGGAACAGCAGAGGAUCAGUGUGGCAAAAGGUGGUGUUGUGUGCUCCUUGCCUGCACAUGCUUCGAUUCUGGCUGCGGCCAAUCCCGUUGGAGGACACUACAAUAGAUCAAAAACAAUUGCUGAAAAUCUUAAAAUGAGUGCUGCACUGUUGUCUAGAUUUGAUUUGAUUUUCAUCUUACUGGAUAGACCUGAUGAACACUUAGACAGCAUGCUUUCUGAGCAUGUAAUGACACUACAUGCUGGACUCAAAGGGAAGAAAAAACUUAUGUCUGUUAAUUCAAUGUGUUCUUCUUCUUGUGCAGAAGAAACUGAUGAUCCGAAACAACCUCUAAGCAAUAGAUUAAAAUUGAAAUAUGGAGAACCAGUUGACUUAGUGCCACAUAGUCUUUUAAGAAAAUACAUAGCAUAUGUUCGUAAAUAUGUUCCUAAUCCAAAGUUAAGCGUUGAAGCUGCUAAAGUUCUUCAAGAUUUUUAUCUCGAGUUGAGGAAAAUGCAAGACACAACACCUGUUACUACUAGGCAACUAGAAUCAAUGAUCAGACUCACCCAGGCAAGAGCCAAACUUGAGCUUCGUGAAGAAGCCACUACCGACGAUGCAGAUGAUAUUGUACAGCUAAUGAGAUGGUCAAUGAGAGAUGUAGUUACAGGAGAUUUGGAUCCAAAACUUUCCCAAAAUGGAAGAGGAAUGAGCCAAGGUUCUAAGGCAAAGAGAUUUAUAGGAGCAUUGCAAAAGAAGGCAAAUUUCGAGAAUAAAGAUACAUUCACUGUUGGAGAAAUGAAAGAAUUGAUAAAAUCACUUAAUCUGCAGGUGCAGGACUUCUAUCAGUUUAUUUCUAUUCUGAAUGUUCAAGGUUUUAUCAUCAAAAGAGGCUCAGAUAGAUAUAAGCUAUUAUCUGUUUAAUAAUUGUUCAGCCUGUGUUGAAAA